UACCUUUGGCUCUUCUCUUGUUGCUCAGACAUCAAACAUUCGUUACGUUGAUCUGACCGUAAGACCGGUUUCUCAGCACCGGUUUCCAACUCAGACGUUUCUGUCUCGGGGGAGCAAAACAUUCUAAACAAGUCGAUCUGGAACUAAGAAGUGUGGAUAUCUUUAAUAUCCGAGAAAUAUGAAGCAACGUCUGGACGUAUUGAAUUACAAUCCUAAAGGAUAUCCAUAAAUUUGAUGUGCUUAACAUCCACGUGCGACACCAAAACAUCCCUGAUAUUGUCUGCUCUUUCAAAAAAUUACAAGAUCGCCUGCUCAUCCCAUAGUUGGUAUCAUAAUUUUAUAAACGUUUUGUUUAUGUUGCUUAGAACACAUUUGGAAAAUUUUCUUCAACAGGUAGAACUGUUAAUCAGCAUUUAGAUUUGAUCUGGUUGUAUUUAUCGUUAAAUUAAUAAUGUAAUAUCUAUUGGUUUUACUUUUUAAGUUUUUCAAAAACGUAGUUAUUUUUUACUGUAUACUUUUUUUUAUUUUCCGUUUCCAAAUUUGUACGUUUAAUAUGUCAUGGACUGCUUAAAAAAAGAUUUUUUUUAAACAUAUAUUUGAGUAAAAAUGUUUUUUCUCAUAAUAUGCUAAUAUUAAAAACAAGUAAAUAAUCAAUAACAUGAAAGAUUGAUAUGUUUCAUAUUAAUUUCUUAACUUGAGUAUUAAGCAAUUGCACUAAUUCUGUAUAUUUCGAAGUUAAUUAAAUUAUUCUUGUUUUUAUAAACAAUUGCAAACGAUUUUUUAUUCUAUAACUUUAGCGUUAAUAUUUGUUUUUCGGCGGUGGCAUUGCUUAACUUUUUUUUCAAAACAGACAUAUUUUCUUGUCAAACUCAGGGACGCGUUUUAAAAAUACAACUAAUAUAUCAUUUCUUAAAAGAAACAGAAAAAAAGAAAAAGAAGUUCUAAACGCAGCAGAAUUGGAAUCUGGUGAAUGUUAGAUAAAACGUUAAUCCCAAGAAUUUAAACGUAGCAUACGACAAGAAAACAAGAGGAGGAAAUUUUUACUUCCCCCCAUCUGUUCUUAAACAUUUUUAUCUAGUGAUAACAUAAAAAGGGGGAAGGUGUAUUUUCUGUAAGGGGAAAAACGGGCGACUGUAUCGUCUUAAAGCAUCCGGCCAUCUGUAAUUUGGAGUUGGAUUUCACUGAAACCGGACGGAAUUUUUCUUCUGAGUUUUGGAACGUAUGUUGUGUGUGUUCAACAGGUGAACUUUUUUGUGUUAUGAUGAAGGAGUAGCAGUUCGUUCUAUUUUGGAAUAUAAUAUAGGAUUAUCAUUAAAAAUGGGAAAUAAUGCUACAACAGUUUCUCUUCAAGAAACAACAGAAAAUGGACAUCAUCACCAUAAAAAAAUUUUCAAAAAGACUAAGUGUGAACUCCUCACGCAUGGUUCUCUUGAUCAACAGAAAAAGAAAGGAUCCAAAAAAUCAGGUAUGAUUCCAGAGCCAGAUUACGGGGAUUCUGAAGAGUCAGAAAAAAGAAACUCUCGGCUUUGUUCGAAUAAUGGCGCAGUUCGAUUCUCAGAAGAUGGCCUUGUCAUUCCCAAGAAACCUCAAAACCCUUGCAUGGAAUCCUCAGAAAGACAGAACUUACAUAGAGAGCUGCUCUUUAACCAAAAGAUUGGAAAGAGUGUGAUAGGUCAGAAGACUGAGCUUCACAAAGCUUUUGAUAAGUUCAAAGAGGAUCAGAAGAAAAAGGAGUUGGAAGAAGAAAAGAUACAGAAGAAAUCUGCUCUGGAGAGGAAGUUGGAGGAACAAGCCAACAAACUCAAACUGCAGGAAGAACUGGAAACAAAGAAAAUGGAAGUUCCAGACCAACCUGAGUUCCUCAGAGUCCAUGCCAGAGUGUGUGCCCAAACUGUAGAUUCCAAGUCAUAGCACGAGUUUUCGUUCUAUCAUUAGCUUUCUUUUUUUUCAUUCAAUGUAAAUAGUUUCCAGAGUUUUAUGUAUUAUGAACGUCCCACCCUCUCCCUUUUUUUUCCUUCCUGGAAAUAUUGACUGGAUAUUCAGCACUUCCGAGCCUGAAAUCCGAGUCGUGGCUCUACUUCUGAAGCUUAAUCCAGCCUUAUUGUACAGUUCUAAAUACAAGUCAAACUCUGACGUUGCGUUGCAAGUGACAUAAUAAAAGAGUUGGUAUGUUUGUUUUGAACCACGCAAGUACUGUCUGAAAUUAAGAACGGUUUGUUUUAUAACCUCUUACAGUACUUGCGCCUUCAUCCACAAAUGCAGUUUUUAAUUCAAUAUUAAUAAUAAUUAAAUGAUUAAUUCGAACUAUUUAUUGCUAAGCACAUAAAGAAGCCUUCAGAGUAAAAUAUCUAAAACCAUAAUAAUAAAUAUUGAAUAAUAUAAUAUAUUGAAGUAUAUUUUUACUCAACUAGAAAAAGGUGCUCAUUUUAAAAUUAAGUUAUUGCUUGUAUAAAAAAAAAGCUAUGAAUGCUACUAUUUAUGUUUUCAAAUGUGUUUUAACCUCUCUUUCAUCAUGUUUUUCUUUUUGACUUAGUGUAGUGAACGAUGUUGUUAAACAAUUAAAAAUAACUAAUAGCUCUGUCAUAUCUGUAUUAACUCUACUUUUGAAUGUUUUAAUUAUCUUGUUGUAAUAUUUCCUUAAUAGCAAAGUGGUAGACAAAAAAAUAACUUAUUUUUGAUUUUGAAAUAGUGAACUCAACAUAAUGGAUUCAAUAUGCUUAUAAACCAUAGCUGUAUGAAAUAUAUAAUAUAUAUUUACUAUCUCAGGUCAUGAAUUUUUCAAUAACCUAACAAAUAUAUAUUUUUGUUAUUCAUUCACUUUUUAAAAGUACUUUAUUUUCUAUUUUUCUUAAAUUAUCAUUUAUUUUCAUUAAAAAAAAAUCAAAAGGAAAAUAUUUUACAAGUAAAUAUACUUGAAUACGUUAUAUAGUAGUAAUUUAAAAAGUAUGCUAAAAGGUACAUCAUUUUUUUGCAAUAUUGUUUCAUGAAACAUUGCAUAUAGUGUUACAAGUGUCAAUAAUUACUGUUAAAUAUUCAUACCAAUAUUCUUAUAUAUAAGUAAUAUAUGCAUUUAAAUUUACUACAAAAUAUAUUCUAAUAUAAUAGAUUAUCUAGCAGCUAUAAAUUAAAAAAUAAUUUUUUUGAAAUAGCAAAUGAACAUCUAAUAUGCAUAUUUCAUAUUAGGAUGUUUUUUUCAUUUUCAUUUCAUUGCUUGCAUAUUUAAAGAAUAUGCUUUCGAAUACAUGUUCAUGCAAUUCAUAAUGUUGAAUGAAUGCAAUCAAUUACAUGUUAGAUCACUUCUAUGAUACAACUAAAUACAGAAUUUUCUUGAAGUUACAUACUUUUUAUAAAACUAACAGUUAUUUGUUAAGAUAUAAACUUUCUAGAAUGUAAAAGUUAAAAAGUAUUAGUACAUAAUAUAAAUUAUUUAGCUUUUGCGUAGUGUGUGGGAAUUCAUUGUUUAUUUUUUAUUCAUAUUUACUAUUAGAAUUAAGUAAAUGUUCCUUUUAAUAAUCAUUUUAACUAAUUAGAAAAUCCCUUUUAAAUCAUUUUCACUAAUAAGAUAUUAUACAUUGUUUAUUUCAGAAUAAUUUUACUCAUUAGAGAUUUUCCCUUCUUAAUCAUUUCAUUUAGAAUUAAAUAGAAAUCAUUUUCAAACUAAGUCAUUGAUUUCUUUUUAAAUAUUUUAACUAAUUAGAAAAAAAUUUCCUACAAACAAUUCUAUCCAGUCUUUCCAGCCAAUUACAGUGCAUUCACUUCCAAUGAAUUUUUUAUGCAUGUUUUCUAGAAUGAAUAUUUUUUCCUUUUUUUAACAUUUUGAAUACUAUAUUUGAAUCUCAGGAACAUAAUUCCUCCAAUAGCAGAAACAUACUAAUUUUGCUACCGUCUAUAAGUCUAGUUUAAAGCCAAUCAUAACACAAGGCUUUGUUUUGCCAGUGAAAAGGUAUGUAUAAUGACAUCACCGUAUGUAUAAUGAUACCCACCUAAGCAAAAGUUCUUACACAGAAGGAAAUUAAGAAGCCACAGAUUGAGUGCCUUAAACUCAAAGAAGAUGUAUAAUUUUAUUCUAUGCGUACUGUCGAUGUGAAAAGAAUUGGUUGGACUUAAAAACAAAUAUUUAAAUAAAUAAUAUUUUCAGAAAAAAAAACGCCUAUUUGUCGAGAUUCCCCCCCCCCCCCCAAAAAAAGGAGAAUCAUUAAAUGAGUUUCUUCUUAAACUCUAGCCAAGGAAAAUAAUUUUAAAAAAAAAGAAAUGCCUUAAACUUAAAGCAAGAGCUAAAAUUUUAAACCAUGUUUAAUAUUAUUACAUACAAUUAAAACAUUAAAAUAGAAAAAUAGUAAAAAAAAAUUUAAAAAAUUAUUUAACUUUUUAAAAAAAAUAAAGAACUGAUUUGUGCGAGAUUUUUCCUAUUAGAUAAAAUGCAUUAAAUCAAUGAAUAAAAUGUAAGUUUUUUUUCUGAUCUAAGACAAUGCAGCACGUUUGAAAUAUUGAAAAAUUAAACCCCAAGCACUUUUCCAAUUCACGAAACCGUGGCUUUUCUUCAAUUUGGAUUUUUGCACUAGUUUCAUAAUUAUAAGGGCACUGGCUAAAGAUUCACCUAACUUAACAGUCAUAAAUAUCUGUUACAAACUCUCAACACUUAUAAGAAACGUUACUUCAUGUGACAACAAAGCCUUAAAAAAACAGCCUUAAAAUCAAUGAAUAAUGCAUAUUUUUAUGAACCAGAACAAUGCUGUGAAGAAGUAUUUUUACAAUGAGAUCAUGUAUUUUUUAAAAACUGAAUAAUCAUUUUUUGGAAAUUUUGCACUGAUUACUGAUAGAUGGAUAAAUCUUUAAUAAUGUGAAACUGUUGUGAAUGUACAACAUUUAUAAAAUUGACAGUAUUCACUAAAAGUAUUAUUUUAUGCCACAAAAGGGCUCUCCAAAAUCAUCUAUAACUCAUUUUUUGCUGGCAAAACACUGCCUAGAAAUAGAAUUUGGCUGAAACUAUGCUCACUUUGUCGCAACAUGACAAUCAUUUACAGGUAAUUUCUAAAGCAUUAUGCUAUUAACUACUGCUGUACGAGCUAUUUUAUAUAUAUACUAAAAUAAAAACUGCUUAUUUCACAACGUUUUAUAAAAAAAUCUUGCUUUUAUUCAUUUUUCAUGUGCCUCAUAUAUUCAAUUUUCAUUCAUUUCAAUUCAUGUGUGAAAGAAUAUUGUGGGUAUUGGGGGCUUUUUCAAGUUUCAAACUUAACUGUUUUAUCUUAUUUGUGUCUUUUAAGAUUUGAAUGCGGUUAUUUUAAAGUAUUUCAUCUCUGUAUUUAAAAUACAUUGAUUUUUUUUUAACAUUGGUAUUUCUUUCUGACUUCUCAAGUUUUAAAAUUUCAAGUUGUUGAAAUAAAUCUGUAAAAUGUGUGCAUUUCAUUAUUUUAGUUCAGAAAAAUGAAGUUUAAAAUUCAAAUAACUCACCCUAGAAUGAAUAGUAUUAACAUGUUUAAAUAUUAACAAUUCACGAAUUUUAGUCGGUUAAUAUUUGCAGGAACUGUGUGAAAUUGCACAAAUUAAAAGUCAAUAAACAUCAGUUGAACUUCAUAAAAACUAACCUUAAGUGGAAAAAACUAAAGCCUAUUUUGCAUUAACGAAUGUAUAGAUAUUAACAGUAAUAAGUUGUAAAAUAGUUAUUUAGCCAUAAAAACAAAGUCCUUGUCCAAAGCAAAUAAUUUAGAAAUAUUGUAUUUAAUAUUUUGCUAUGAAAUGCAGAUAAUUAUCACUUAUGUAGCAGCUUUAUGUUCAUCUGUGUAUAAACAUAUCAAUAAUUCAAAACCAAUUAACAUGUUUAUUAAUAAAUGAAGAGCUUAGUGAAAGAAUAUGUUAAGCGAAUAUUAGAAAAUUAGUUUUGGAAUGUAUGCAAACAAAUAAAACUUUCUUAUAAACUCAUAUUUAUUAAUUUAGAAAUUCAGAAAAAAUUAGUGUUCGAUGCUUACAGCAUUUCGAAAAAUAAAUCUAAAAUGUUUUUAAAAUCUAAAUUUUUGUUCUAUGCUAGUAUUUUAUACCAACAAUAACAUAAACUCCUAGGAAAUGUUUUCACUAACAAAUGAAAUCUGUUCAUAAAAAUUCUUUAUUUAAAAACUUAGUAAAUGAAUUUAUUGUUCUAUACUUGCACAACCAGCCAUAACAUACAUACAAAAAACUCAAAUUUUUUUUAAUGUUUCACUUAACGUGUUCUUAUAUAAACUCUUCAAAUAGCCUUAAAGUAUGUUACUAAAAAAGAAACUGAAACAAUCUUUAUUAAUUCAAUUAGUUUAAAAUUGUUCAUGAUCUUUAUAAUGUGCACUAUUCAUGAGGGUAGCAUGUAGAACUCUAACUGUAAAUGUACAUUUUGAUGCUUGUUAGAUGAAAAAAAAAUUAUAUAUAUUUGUGGUACAUAUUUUGAUGUAAAUGUAUUUUGGUUACAAAAUGUGUAUUGUAACAAAUUUGUAGUUUAAAAAUAAAUUCAUUUAACAUUGU